CCUCUCCCUCUCUCUCUCACACGUUCUCCAACCCAAGGAGGCCAGACAGAGGGACGUGGUCACUCUCUGAAAGGUUCAACUCGAGAGAGACAAGAUGCAGUGGACCUCCCUCCUGCUGCUGGCAGGGCUCUGCUCCCUCUCCCAGGCCCAGUAUGACGAUGACCCUCACUGGUGGUUCCACUACCUCCGCAGCCAGCAGUCCACCUACUACGAUCCCUAUGACCCCUACCCUUAUGAGUCCUACGAGCCUUACCCCUACGGGGUGAAUGAAGGUCCAGCCUAUGCCUAUGGCUCUCCAUCCCCACCAGAGCCCCGCGACUGCCCCCAGGAGUGUGACUGCCCACCCAACUUCCCCACGGCCAUGUACUGUGACAACCGCAACCUCAAGUACCUGCCCUUCGUUCCCUCCCGCAUGAAGUACGUCUAUUUCCAGAACAACCAGAUCACCUCCAUCCAGGAAGGCGUCUUCGACAAUGCCACAGGGCUGCUCUGGAUUGCUCUCCAUGGCAACCAGAUCACCAGUGAUAAGGUGGGCAAAAAGGUCUUCUCCAAGCUGAAGCACCUGGAGAGGCUGUACAUGGACCACAACAACCUGACCCGGAUGCCUGGUCCACUGCCUCGAUCCCUGAGAGAGCUCCAUCUUGACCACAACCAGAUCUCACGGGUCCCCAAUAAUGCUCUGGAGGGGCUGGAGAACCUCACAGCCUUGUACCUCCAACACAACGAGAUCCAGGAAGUGGGCAGUGCAAUGAGGGGCCUCCGGUCACUGAUCUUGCUGGACCUGAGUUAUAAUCACCUUCGGAGGGUGCCUGAUGGACUGCCCUCAGCCCUAGAGCAGCUGUACCUGGAGCACAACAACGUCUACACCGUCCCCGAUAGCUACUUCCGGGGUUCGCCCAAGCUGCUCUAUGUGCGGCUGUCCCACAACAGUCUUACCAACAGUGGCCUGGCUUCUAACACCUUCAAUUCCAGCAGCCUCCUUGAGCUCGACCUGUCCUACAAUCAGCUGCAGAAGAUCCCCCCAGUCAACACCAACCUGGAGAACCUCUACCUCCAAGGCAAUAGGAUCAAUGAGUUCUCCAUCAGCAGCUUCUGCACCGUGGUGGACGUCGUGAACUUCUCCAAGCUGCAGGUGCUGCGCCUGGACGGGAACGAGAUCAAGCGCAGCGCGAUGCCGGCGGACGCGCCCCUCUGCCUGCGCCUCGCCAGCCUCAUCGAGAUCUGAGCAGCCCUCGCGCCGGGCACCGGGCGGAGAGCCCCCGCUGCCCCACUGCAUUUGGCUUGAUGGUUUGGUUUGGCUUUUGCUGGAAGGUCUGGGACAAACCAUGUGACAGAAGUCCAAGGGCUCUCUCUGUAGUCUUCUUCCCUGUAGGCAGGGUUGGGUGGGGUCAGGGACAGGUGGCCUUCUGCUGAGCACAUUGGCAGAAGCUCUCUCUUUUCCAGGGACAGCAGUGGAAUCAUUCCUGGAAGUUCCAACCCCAGAAAUUUCACUACUCUUCUUCCUGAUCAUCUGAUGCCGUGGAACUUUAAGUUGCUUGAGCAAUAGUUCGCAAUUGUACUUUUCCAACAUUCUCUGACUCUCUGUGAGUAGCGCUUGACAGCUCACCCUAUGUGUUGGGCUGGCCGUGCAGUUACUCUGGGCUCCUAUUCGUUGCUCCUCAAAAUAUACCUCUUGCCCAGCCACCUCCUCCCAAGUCCACCCCAUCGGCUCACCUUCCUCCACAGAUGCCUCUUCUAUGCCUUAGGUGGAGUCAGGAGACCCCAAGGCAUGUGAGCAUCUGCCCAGCGACCUGUGGAGAGAACCCACACUUUUGUCUGAGGUUGAAAGGAUACUAAGAGUCACCUCUACACCUCCCUAACCACACCCCUUGAAAGCCACCAGAUUAAAGGUCACCAGCAUGAUGAUAAUAUUCGUGGCCUGGUAUAGGAAGGGACAACCAACCUCAGGCGUAAGUAAAUGUAUGGGGCUACAUUUUAGCAGCUGGGUAGCUCUUUGAAGAUGGAUCAGACUUCAGGAGAGGAAAGGCCAGACUUGGCUUGUCAUCGGCAUCCAUAACAGGGCAAACAUGCUGAGUUGAGGAAGCAGCCCCAGUAGUUCCAUUCUUGCCCAGUACUUUCUGCAUUCCCAAGACCACCCUACUUGGGCCUUUAUCCUCAAAGGUGGAGGCCAGGUGGUUUUCAAAGCAUGCAAAAAAAUAGUUUGUCCUUUCCUUUUAUCCAAGCAGGAAGGUUCUAUAUCCUAAUGAUAAAGACAGACUCCAACCAGCCCUGGAUUUGCCUGCUAGACCAAAGGAGGAUAGAAGGACGUGGUUAAUCUAUAUUAUCUGAUUUGUCCUAAGGCCAGAGUUAAAAGUACCAGUUCUGGCUGAGGUCCGUGAAGCCCAUGGAACCCAGGCCAGGCAGCCAAAUCUCGCCUGUGCUGGGCACAAAAUCCUCUGCUUUCACAUCUCUGAGCUACACCCUCAUUACUGAAGAUGCUGUUGCUUUAUAGCUUGGCUGGAGAGCAGUUAAUUCUUCCCAUUUCUAAAAGGUAAUGUUGCCUGGGGCUUAACCCACUUGAUCUUUUGGGCACUGUUGGGAUGGAGCCAUCUGGGCAGGCAGGGCAAGGACUGGUUGAGGAAAAUUAGCUCGAGUCUGGUCCCUGCCGAGAUGCCGUGACAUCCCUGAUACUGUGUAUGCUUUGAAGCAGCUUUCCUGAGACGGGAAGGGGGGGAUCCUUGGACUAUGUUCUUGGCUCCAGACCCUGAAAUCCACAAAAGCCAAACCAGCUCAUUUCAACAAAGGAGCUCUGAUGCGAGGGGCAAGGCUGCCCUCUGCCCCAGGGCUCUUCAGAAAGCACCUGCAUGUGGACACCAUCAUGCCUCUAUAAAGAAUCCUUACUACAGGAAAGCAUGAGUGGUGGCUAACCUGACCAAUAAAGUCAUUUUACGAUUGCA